AGCAUAUUUGUUGCUGUUGCAUAAUAUUAGUCCUGCUUUAACAUCAGCAACAAGAUCAUGUCGAAAUUUGUUUUGUCUUUAGUUGUGUUUGCAUCCAUUGCAACACUCCUGGUGCACUCAUUAAAAGACUACUACUGGAGGGACUACGACGGAGAAACCCCUGACGAUGCCGUGCUUGGUGGUCACGACAAAAACAACAAAAGCAUCUACAUAGGCCAAGCGUAUGUCCAAAAUGAGGGUUUAGUUGUGGUACAGAUAGACCAAGACCAAAAGUCCGUGUACGCAGAAAUGGAAGGCAUUCAACAUUUAGAUACAAAUAUUAAGAUCUUAUGUGGUCCUCCAUAUCUUUUCUACUGGAUGUCAUCAAACAUUACUAAGCUUCAUACAGACCUAAAAGAGAAACAGUUGGUGGUUGGUGGUCACGAAGACGGAGCGAAGAGAUAUUUCGUGGGGAGAAUUAAGUGCCCAGAUGGGGUUUGCAUUGGGAAAGUUCUGGAACAGGGCGGUGACGGCAAAUCCAUCUUCUACGGAGUGGACAGGAAUGGGGAGCAGCUAAAGGCUGAUUCUUAUGACGUUCUCGUAAAUGAUAAUUCUUUUGUUCCUAAUAAAUGAAAAUGUGUCUAUCAUAAUUAAAUAGAUUACAGAGCA